AAUGAAAUUCUUUCUUUUAUUAAUUCUACAAAAACUAAGCAACAAAACGCCAAAGCGCAUCCGAGGUCGGACUCGGAGAAUUUUUACUUUUCAUUUGAUACUAAAUUCAAGUCUAUUGAGUCUGUUUUGAAUACAAGUAGAUAAACUACCCACUUAAAGGUGUCGAAUUGUAAGCGGCGCAAAGCCAGCAGCAACAACAGCCGCAGCAGCAGCAGCGGCAGCAGCAGACGCGGCAACAGCAAUCGGUAACAAGAAACCGCAACGUGACACUUAGGGGGGAAGUCGGCGACGACGAUCAACAGUUGCACAGAGUAAACAGCUGUUCCUGUUAGUUCCUUCUGGAUUUGGAUUGAUUGAAGAUGUCGUCUCGCCUAGCUAUUACCUGCCUAUUAAUGUUAACCCUCUGGCCAUCGGUCAGUUGGGGACUACUCGAGGGUCUCUACUGUGGCAAAGAGAAUUGUUACGAUGUGCUCGGUGUGACACGUGAAUCGUCCAAAUCGGAAAUCGGUAAGGCAUAUCGUUCAUUGGCCCGACGCUAUCAUCCGGAUUUGCAUCGCGGUCAGGAGGCCAAGGCCAUCGCUGAGGAGCAAUUCAAGCUUCUGGCCACGGCAUAUGAGAUAUUGCGAGAUGAGGAAUCACGUACGGACUACGAUUAUAUGCUGGACAAUCCGGAUGCCUACUAUGCGCAUUACUAUCGCUAUUAUCGCCGCCGUGUGGCACCCAAAGUGGAUGUACGCAUCGUCAUUGUGGUCACAUUGACCAUCAUUUCGAUAAUCCAAUACUAUUCCGGAUGGCAGCGUUACGAUUCGGCCAUUAAGUACUUUGCCACAGUGCCAAAAUAUCGUAACAAAGCUUUGGAUAUAGCCAAGGAUGAGAUACAGGAACGCAUUCAUAAUCGGAAGGGCAAGAAUCGUCUCUCAAAGGCCGAUCAAAAGGAGGAACUGGAGAGCAUUAUACGCAAGGUGAUUGAGGAGAAAAUGGAUGUCCAAGGUGGCUAUGCCAAGCCCACCCUAUGGGAUGUCCUCUGGGUGCAGUUGCUCAUCUGUCCGUAUACCCUGCUGUCGUUUCUCAUCUGGCAUGCCCAAUGGUUUUGGCGUUACACGUUACUCAAGCAGCCUUAUGGGCGGGAGCAGAAGCUAUAUCUAAUACGGCGUUAUAUGAAAAUGGGUCAGCAUCAGUUCAAUGCCCAAGAGGAUAAACAAAUUGAGGAAUAUCUGCAUUUGGAACUGUGGAAACGUGAUCAGUUCGAGGCAUGGAAGGCCGAACAGGAUGAGGAGAUGAAAAAGAAGUUGGCCGAGAAUCCCAGAUACAAGGCGUAUAGGCGUUAUAUGAAAAAUCAUGGACCUGGUCGCAUCACCUUUGAGGAUUAGCUUUAAGAAUCUAGGACCAACCAAGUAACCAAGCAAGCAACGAACUACACGAGAGAUAGACCACCAAAAUACAUUCUUUUUGUUUUUUUUUUUUA